AUGUUUCGAUCUGGUGUUCGUCGCUUUGCGACCACAGCUGUAAGAGCUGCGGAAAAUGUUGCUCAGAUGGAAGCUCCAAAUCAAUAUGGAAUUGGAGUUUCUAAAGCUCAAGGCGUGGUAAAGGGUUUAACUGGAGCAAUCGGAAACACUCCACUCAUUCGACUAAAUCAUAUCUCUGAUUCAACUGGUUGUGAAGUAUUGGGAAAAGCAGAGUUUAUGAACCCUGGAGGAUCAAUCAAGGACCGAGCAGCUCUAUAUGUUGUGAAAGACGCCGAAGAGAGGGGAUUGCUGAAGCUAGGAGGAACUGUUGUCGAAGGAACCGCUGGAAAUACAGGAAUUGGUCUCGCACACGUUUGCAGGUCUAAAGGUUACAAGCUCGUCAUCUACAUGCCCAAUACACAAUCUCAAGGAAAGAUUGAUCUUUUAAGAUUAUUGGGUGCCGAAGUGUAUCCAGUACCAGCAGUAGCUUUCGACAAUCCACAAAAUUACAAUCAUCAAGCAAAGCGCCAUGCGGAUAAAUUAGAGAACGCGGUUUGGACAAAUCAAUUCGAUAAUAUCGCGAAUAGACGAGCCCACAUUGAGACUACUGGGCCAGAGAUAUGGAAUCAGACCAAUGGCAAGGUGGAUGCCUUCACCUGUGCCACGGGAACCGCGGGUACUUUGGCCGGAAUCACUCGAUACUUGAAGACAAAGUCCGACGGAAGGGUCAAAUGUUACCUUGCGGAUCCUCCAGGAAGCGUUUUGCAUUCAUACAUUCAGUCAGGUGGAAAGCUGGUGGAUAGAACUGGCUCCAGUAUCACAGAGGGAAUCGGUCAAGGCAGAGUUACAGACAACUUAAAACCAGACAUUGAUUUAUUAGACGGCUCAAUGCACAUUAGUGACGAGAAGAGUAUCGAGAUGGUCUACCGUUGUUUAGAUGAGGAAGGGUUGUACCUCGGAGCGAGCUCUUGUUUGAAUGUCGCUGCUGCAAAGGAGCUAGCCGAAAAACUCGGAAAGGGCCACACUGUUGUGACAAUACUAUGCGAUGGCGCAUACAGAUAUGCGGAUCGAUUAUUCUCCAAGAAGUGGUUGUCGGAAAAGAAACUUCUAGGAGCAAUUCCAAAGCAUUUAGAGAAGUAUAUUGUGCUUCCUUAA